AUGACAGCCUCUCAAGCUUCCUCUCACCAGUCUUACCUCGACGAUGCCGCCGCCCUCUCCGACGUGAGCCACUUUGAGGACAUCUCCCUCGACGAUGCCGCCGUCGCCGCUGCUGCCGCCGCCGCUGCCGCCGGCUCGGGGCUGGCUCCUCCUCCUCCGCCGUGUCGGCUCGCCGCUCCCUCACGAGGGGGACCAAUUAAGAGUUACGAUCCCUUCUACGAAAGCCGCCCUCGCGUCGUCCUCGUACCUGGCCGAGGACAAUGGCCACGGCCCCAGAAACCCCGCCUCGCGGACCCUGACGCGUACCCGGGACGUGUCCCAAAGUUUAUGCCCCAACGCGAAGUCGGGCUCGGCCUGUCCCAGCAACAGCAACAGCAACAGCAGCGGCCGAGGCAGCAGCAGCAGGAUCCUCCGAGCCCGCGGAGCCCCGGACGCCUGGCCAACGGCCGAAGCGUGAGCGCCCACGGCUCGCUCGACCCGCCGCCGCGCAGCCCGAGCUUCCGCCGAAUGCCCAUCCAGCCGUCCAUGUCGUCGACGAGCCUGCACCUGCUGCACCCGCGGCAGAGGAGCCCGAGCCCGGGCUUCAUGCUGGGACCCAAGGACCCCAACCAGAUCCUGAAGCCGCGCCGCAGCAGCUGGCAGUCGAACCGGGAACGCAAAACCAUACUCGAGCUCGAGCGCGAGUGCGACGACAACGAGGACGACGACGACGAUAUCCCCGACGGCCUCAUCCUCGACAACGAGGGUGGCGGUGGCGGUGGCAGCAGCAGCGGCAGCAGGAGCAAGGAGCGUCGUAGUGUCGGCAAUGGCACCCCGGCCGUGGCUACCGCCCACGGAAGCCUCCGCUCUGCUACGUGGAAAUCCGACACCGCAUUGGCGGACCACCUCGCGGCUGACCCGACGAAUCACCACUACCCCUCUCCCUCGCCCUCUGCCUCUGCCUCCGCCUCCGCUUCCUCCUCCUCCGCCCCCGCCGCCGAGGACGGCUCCUCCGGCAAUCACAACAACAACAACAACAACAACAACAACAACCACCCCUCACCUCACAACAACAACAAUCAAAGCCCGUCCUCCUUUCCCUCCCCUGGCCAGUUCGCCAAAGGCCGGGCCAAGAGCUGGAACAUCGCCAUGGCGAGCCUCAGCCCCGAAAUGAAGGCCCUCACCGAAAAACUCGAAGAACACUCGGACGAGCUGGUGGAGAAGACUUGGCUCGGCCAAGACAAGCGCCCCGCCACGUGGGACGCCUCCCGGCAGGCGGCCUUUGACCCCGUGCACUGGGAACCCAAGCUCCGCAAGCACUCCCGUGCUCAGCCGCACCCGGCCCUCCUGGCUGCCCCCAAGGACCCGGCCGAGGAACGCCGCCACCUCCGCCAGUACCAGCAGAUGAUGGCGCAGAGCGCCGAGGCCGACCGCCGGCGCGAAGCCACCCGCUCGGCCGUCAAGACGCACCGCGACCACCGCGCCGACAACCUCAUGCACAUUUGGGAAGAGGACCUGUGGUGGAAGGGCGUGCCGCCUCGCAGCCGCGGUGUGGUGUGGUCGCGCGCCAUCGGCAACGAGCUCGGGCUGUCCGAUUUGUCGUAUACGGCGGCGCUCAAGAGGGCGCGGGACGCGCGGGAGCGCGUGCAAGCGGAGAAGGCGGACCCGGAGGACGGGCGCCGCGCGCAGUGGAGGGGGCCGCUGCACGAGAGUUUGAUUGAUGUGUUGUCGGCGUAUGCCAUGUACCGCGGGGAUAUCGGCUACAUCUCUGGCUGCAACUCCAUCGCCGCCCUCCUCCUCCUCAACCUCCCCAACGCCACCGACACCUUCAUCGCCCUCGCCAACACCUCGGCCUACAACCUCGUCCUCCAGACCGUCCGCGACAAGUCCGACGGCCUGCACCGCCACCUCACCACCCAGCUGGCCGGCGAGCCCGACCCGGACGCUUUUCUCGGCGACGUCUUCACCGCCCUCUUCACCACCGCCCUCGCCAUCGACGAGGCCGCUCGCCUGUGGGACGUCUACGUCUUCGAGGGCGACGCCGUCCUCAUCCGCGCCGCCGUCGCCCUGCUCCUCUGGGAGGAGGGCCCCUUGCUCGCCGCCCGCGAGGCCGCUGAUGUGCGGGCCGUGUUGGCGGGGAGCGGGGCCGGCGCGCGGGAGAAGAAGGCGUUGGCGGAGGUGGGGGCCGAGGAUCGCUGGAUGCAGGCCGUUCGGGAGGCGGGGAAGGCGUAG